AUGAUUGAAACCACGGGGGAAAUUAAGUACACAAAAUCGAAAACGAUUGUUUGUGAUAGCAGUAACGGUGGGGAUGAUGAUGAUUCGAACAACUAUCUAUCCUUGAAAUAUGAAAAAACGCUAGAUCUGGAAAAGGAAAAUGAUAAAAGUAACACUUUGAAUAAUAAGGGGAAAAAAUGCAAAAAUGAUGAACAAAAUUUCUCUAUAAAGAGUAAUACGACUACAGAAUCACCAAAAAAAGAUACUUAUGAUGAUAAGAUGGAAGGCAUAAUUAAUGGAGGUAGUAAAUACUUUGAUUUGGAUUCCAAAAUGAUUAAGAAAACUAGUCAGGAAAAUUCAAGUCAUAAGGGAAAUAGAACAUCUCCACAAAAUACAGACAUAUGGGAGGAAAAGUGCAACAAUAUAUGUAUGGGAGGAAAGAUAGAUUAUGACAUUUUAUCGAAUGAUAAUAUGUAUAGUAAGAAUGUGAUAAGUACAAAAUAUUACGACAAUGCUGAGUGGAGUUGCACAGUUAGAAGUGCAGAUAGUAACGAUGCAAAUGGAUGUAACAAUGUAUCAACAAAAAAAUAUGAAGAAUCCUCCAUGUAUAGAGAUGAUGAUGAUGAAGAAGGUAAGAAGAGGUAUGAAAUGUCUGACUCGUUAGGAAAAGUACAAAGACAUAACACCUUUGUGGAAGAUUAUGAAAAUGUGAUGAUGGACAAAAAGGAAAUAUUCUCAAAAAAUUUGGAACAUGCCACAAAGAAGAAUAAAAUUGAUAGGGAUGGCAAUAAUAAAGGAAAUAACAGUGGCAAUAACAGUGAUAAUAGUGUUAAGAGAGAUUACAAAAAUGGGUAUGCUAAUAUGAAUAAGGAAAAAAAAGACUAUAACAAUGAAGUUAUUUUUUCGAAGGAAGAUGAUAAUAAUAUACUUAAUAAUGAAACAAGUUAUACUUUAUAUUUACAUGCCAAUAAGGAUAGUCUAACGUCAAGUAUAAAUUGUGAAAAUAACAAUAGUAACAUUACAGAUAAAUUUAAGAAUGAAACUCAAAAUGAGGAAGUUAACCAAUCUGAUGAUGGAAAAGGAGAAAGUUUAAUGAAAUAUUAUGAAAAAUUUCUCUCAAAGAAAGAUAGUGGAUUCGAUGAAGAUGGUAAUGAUAAUUUGAUUGAUCAUCUUUUUCAGGAUAAAAACAAAAAAUGUAACUCAGAAGAUGAUUCUGGAUUCCAUAGUGGGAUACAAAAGAAUGAGGAAAAAAUGAAAGAAUGCAAUAUGAAUAAUAAAGAUUUCUUAUACGAAGUGAAGGAAGAUUUAAAAGGUAUAACAAGUAAUCAAGAUAUUUUUAAUGAAAUGGAAAAUGUGAAUGACAGUACCACAGAAUGUACUUCUUCUGUUAAGGAUAUACCCAUAUUUAUUGGUAAACAUGCAGGUGUAUAUGAAAAUAGACCAAAUGAGAAAAUAGAGAAUUCAGUAAAUUCAAUGAAUUCAGGAGAUUUUACUACCUACAAAGAUGUUAAUAGUACAGAGUACAAGAGUUUUAAUUCAACAAAAUUUUUUCACGGGGAAAAUGAAAUAAAGUUAACUUUUAACAAUUCAGAAUAUAGCACGGUUGUAAAUAAUGCAUCUAUGUCUGUCGCAAAUAAUGCAUCUAUGUCUGUCGCAAAUAAUGCAUCUAUGUCUGUCGCAAAUAAUGCAUCUAUGUCUGUCGCAAAUAAUGCAUCUAUGUCUGUCGCAAAUAAUGCAUCUAUGUCUGUCGCAAAUAAUGCAUCUAUGUCUGUUGCAAAUAAUACGUCCAUAUCUGCUGAGAAUGAGGAUGAAGAAAAAAGCGCAUUCGAAAUUCUCCUUGAGGUGGGGGCGUAUAAUAACAGAGCUGGAGGAAGUCAAUACUUUCCAGCUAGCCAUAAUAUUAAUCCCCAUUGUGGUCCUCUAGACCCUAAUAAUGAAAAUGGGAUCGAAAGGAAAUACACCGUGAGUGAGAAAAGGAUAGAGCGUGAGAAUGAGAUAGGCCAGUCAAACAUCCCUAUAAACAGCCACAUAAGCAGCAACAAGGUUAACAACGACAGUCGAAAUUACAACCCAAAUAAGAGGGACUCUUUUCAGGAGGAAUUAUUUUACAAAAAGAAAGAAAUACAUUCUGGUAAGGAAGGAGAAAAUAUGAAAGAGAAAAAUGAAAGCACGCUGAGAAAUAGCCAAAUUCUUGAAUAUUCAAAAAAGGAAAAUGAAGAAUCAUUAGAAGAAUAUUUCAAGAGCACAAUUCCGGAUAACAUUCUAAGGAAUAUAAAAUAUGAAAAUCCAUCGAAUACAUUCAACGACAUUGCAAACAAUACUUCUCAUUAUGAUUUGACAAGCGCGCUUAGAAUCAACAAUCCAUCGAAUAUGUUUUAUGCAUCUGGACGGAAUAGAGAAAAGGGAGAGAGAAAAGGAGGAGAAAUGAUAACCCCUGCAACAAGUGUAGGAGUUUCACACAUGGGUCUCAGAAGCAGAGGAGGUGGAGCAGCAGCAGCAGCACGUAGAGAUGCUUACCACCACACGCAAGGUGAAAAUGUAGUAGACUCCCGAGAAGAAGUUCAGAUGAAGAGAAAACAGAACAAUGGGAAUUACAACUGUGCAAGCAGUGGAGGAAAUAUGGGAAACAUGGGAAGUAUGGGGAACAGUAGCUAUAAUUCGAAUAACUACGGGAAUUAUUAUAACAAUGAGAAGGAUUUAGGAAUGGUGAGUAGAAACACGAGAAUGUGCAAUGAACCUGAAUCGAAUUACGCAUCUGGGAAGAGAUACUACUUGUUGCCUCCCAAGAAAUGUGACGCCAUGAAGGAACAGAAAAAUCAAGUGUUGAUGAUAUCCAAGCAGAAGAUAAAGAAAAUUUGGAAUAAAUUUAAGGGAACGCCACCCAAAGAACAGAACCUCAUUCCGACAUUUGAAAAUGAGCAGAAUUUGUUUUCUAACAUGGAUGUUCUGCAAGGUCCUAGGUUUCUCUCUCAGAGGCAUACACAAGUGUCACCACAAAUGGGUAUGCAAAAGAAUUCCCAGAUGAAUGCCAAGAUGAAUGCACAUGUGAAUGCCCAGAUGAAUGCGCAUGUGAAUGCCCAGAUGAAUGUGCAUGUGAAUGCCCAGAUGAAUGCACAUGUGAAUGCCCAGAUGAAUGCGCAUGUGAAUGCCCAGAUGAAUUCCCAUAUGAAUGCCCAUAUGAAUUCCCAUAUGAAUGCCCAUAUAAAUACCCCAAUGCAUAGCGAAAUUUACGGCCUGUCCUCACCACUUCUAACGAAUAACCAAAGCAAUAGAGCUUUGAUGAGCCCAUUCAAAGACUGCAUAAACAAGCCCAUACAACGAGGAAACAAUAUGAUAGAAAAACAAAUAAAAGCAAAGUGUAUAUUUAAUUGGAAAUUGGCUCAAAAAUCACUGUUAAAAAUGCUGCAUAGUGCACACAAUUAUUAUUUUAACGGGGUAAAAUAUUCAGAUUGGCAAUUGACAUGUAUCCCUACAUUGGGUUUUUCAAAAUCUAGUAAUAGAGUACAACAGAUGUGCAAAGCAGUAAUUCCAUCAAACGAUGGGAAGAAUAAGAAUGAAGUAAAAUUAUUUUUAAAAAAGGUACCUAUAUAUAUAUGGGUAAAACAAUUUAAUUUAAUGAAUGAAUAUGAUGGUGAGUAUGUAACAGAUGGGGAAAAUUUUGUAAUGGAAGCUACAUCUUUAGCAUUUUUAAAUGAUUACCAUCCAGGAAUAACUCCAAAGUUACAUAAAAUUUUGUAUGAACCAGAUUCCAAACAAUUAAAUGAAUAUAAUAAUAUUCCUCCGAAAUCUAUGUUUAACAGUUUGACAUUAUUUAAUGAUAUAUUAACCGAACGACUGAAAUGUAAUAUGAGUGGAAAUAUUGUAAUUGUUUCUGAAUUUUUUAGUGAAGAUAUAUUAGAUUUUAUAGAUAGAAGACAGAAAAAGUUAAAUAUGAAAAUAAAUAAUAAUGAGAAGAGUUACAUAUUAUAUCAAUGUUUAAAAUUAUUAAUAAGAUUACAUGAUGCAGGUUUAUCACAUUUGGAUUUGACACCAGAAAAUAUUUUAAUUUCUGAAAAUUAUGAGAUGCGUUUAUGUGAUUUGUCCAAAAGUACCCCAAUAUAUACAUACAAUUUGAGACAUAUAAAAGAUACGAACAGAUUGUAUUUAUUCGAAUCAUGUGAACCUACUAUUGCAAAAGGAGCUUAUAUGCCCCCUGAAUGUUGGAAAAUCUAUUGGAAAUAUGAUACUAUGAAAAUUAAAAACCCAUUGAAAGAUUUAAAAAAUAUUACUGAUCAAGAAAAAAGAAAACAAUUCUAUUUUGAUGUUUCAAGUGCCGACAAAUUUAUGCUGGGAGUUUUCUUCUUCUGGAUAUGGACAAAUGGAAAUUUGUGGAAAUGCUCAGACCCUCUGCAGGAUGAAGACUUUUUUUAUUUUGUCAAAUGUGAUAUGAAUUUUGACAAGUUCGAAUUGACACGCAAAUGGCCAAGUGAAUUGAAGAACAUAAUUAAGCAACUCCUACACGCAGAGCAUAGAAAAAAGCUAAACCUGAAGGAUCUCAGCAUUCACCCAUGGUGGUCUUGCAAAUUGCAGUGA